GAUACUACUAAUCUGAGGUAAAUUUUCUAGCAAAAUAAAUACCGUCUGUUUUCUAUAUUUCAAAUAAAAUAAAAUCACAGAACAAACUCAAAAUUAUGAUCCAAACAAAAAUAGAUAAAUAAUUAAUUUCCAGGGAUUAAAAAGUAAUUUUUUGACGUUUUAUCCUAUUCACAUGUUAUUCACCUAAUAAUGGAUUUGAAGGAAGUGUGUCGAACUUGUUUACGUAUUCCUAAAAAUUCCGUAAGUUUGUUUGAAGAUGGAAGCGUUCUUAUUAAACGAAUACAAGCCAUUUCUUCGGUGCAGAUUAAGGAAAACAAUGAACUUUCCUCGGUUAUUUGCGAAGACUGUCAGGAAAACAUAAAUCAGUUUUAUAGUUUUCAAAAGGUUAUUAAAAACACAGACUAUGACUUACACUAUAGACUAGAAACGUUAAAGAAGACAAAUUAUUGUUCAAAGCCAAGAAGUGCACAGCCUAUGGAACCAGAAACUAAUUUAAUUGAGUUACGAACAGAUUUUAAAUCUGAAGAAGUGGAACCCGACGUAGAAAUAGAUACAGAACCUGAUAAUUUCAUCCCAGAUCUAAGUUACUCUUUGAAGAAGGCUUUAGCCGUAAGGAAAUUAUUCAAGUGUCGACAAUGCAAUGAACUUUUCCCCACUAAAUCGACGCUGUUCCAUCAUAAAAGAAGGAAACAUGUUGCUACUGGUAUUUGCAAUAUAUGUGGAUUGAAAACACGUGCCGAUAACCUGAGAAAGCAUAUAAAACUACACUCGGAAGGACCGUGCAAGUGUGAGCAGUGCGGGAGAAUGUUGAAGAAUUCAGAAUCGUUAAGAACACACAGAUUGUUACAUCUCGAAGGAAGUUAUACUUGCGAAAUUUGUGGAAAAACGUUUAAGUUGAAAAAUGAACACACAAGACAUUUAAAGAGGCAUCAAAAUCCGGACUAUUCCAAAAUGACUUGUCCCCUUUGUGGAAAAAAAGUGCACGACAGAAGGAAGCACAUGCUCACUCAUACGGGGGAAAGGCCAUAUAAUUGUGGAUAUUGUCAAAAAGACUUCAGCACGUCGUUUGCCUUGAAAGUUCACACGAGGCAGCACACGAACGAAAGACCAUAUGCUUGUACAUAUUGUAACUGUUCCUUUACACAAAAAGUAUCAUUAAUGACACACUUAAAAAGCAAACAUAGAUAAUAUUCGUUGUAAAUAACAUUCUUAAUUUAUACCUAUGUUCCUUAAUCACAUGCUAAUAUUUAAGGGGGUGAUUCUUGGAUCUAUUUUAAGAAAAAAAAAAUAUUUCAUAUGAAUUUUGUUCUAAACAUCUUAAGUUUUGAGAUACUGGGUGAUAAAAACUUUCAUAACUCUGAUGUUAUUAGAUAUUUUUAUGAUAUUUGACGCACGUCUUCUAUGCAUAAAAAUGAUUUUUUUGAUGUUUGUAGAAGUAAAAUGACAUUAAUUUGUUUAAGCAAAAAAUAUGGGUUGGAAGAAAAAAAUCAAGGUGCCUAUAAGAAUUGUUUAAAAAUAAAUGAAGAUAUUGAAAAGAAUGUUUACUUUAAAAGAAGUCAGUGGCGUACAAUUUGUUUUCUUCGAAAAUAUUCAAUAUAAAACCCGUACGGACGCCACUGGUUGAAAUAAAUAAAAUUAUUUGUUUCUUCAACACAGGCACUUUGAUGCAUAAAAGACGUGUAUCAAACUUCAUAAAGAUGUGUAUAAUAACAUCAGAGUUAUUAAAAAAAUUGAAAAUUUUACUUGUAUCUCAAAAGUUAAGAUAUUUAUUAGGUCCAAAAAUCGCCCCCUUAAAUAUUAGCAUGUUAUUAACGAACACCCUGUAUAGGUAGAAAAAAUUAUUCCAGCAAUGUACAGUUUUAAAAUUAUAACAUUACCAAAAUCAGUACUUAGUUACUUCUAUUGUUACUAUUCAAUUCAUAUAGUACUUAUCCAUAGAGAUAGUAUAUUAGAAUUUGUAUAACUGUCAUCCUUCAUAAUUAUUGUAUAUGUCGUAGUCUCAUAGUGUAUUCCGUCUUUUCAUGAAGAGCCUAGUCACUUAAUGAAAAAAAUUAACCUAAUAACAUAACUAAACUGCUAUCCCAACCGACGCUUCAUGAAGUGAACUAGGAUCUUCAUGAAAAGACGGAAUACACUAUGAGACUAUGACAUAUAUAAAUUUAAAAGGUAUCGAAUGCGUAAAAAACGGUGUCACAGGUCAAAAAUAAUUUCUGCUAAGCUGACCCCUAAAUUUAAUUUAUUAAAAAUUGAAAAAACUUGUGAAAAAUUAAUAUUUAAUUUUGAAACAUGUAAAAAGGUUCUGGACAAAUCUAUUGACAAAAAAUACGGGGUCGACCUGACCGAAAUUAUAGUCAAAUGUCAUUUGAAAGGUCAUCGUAACACCACUUUUUUUCAAUUGUUCGGUACCUAGAACAAUUUUAGAAGAAACGUGUAUAGGCUUCAAGCAAAACUGUUAAUUUUAAUUGAUAAUAAAAUUAUGCUACUUUUUAUUGUUUAUCGUAGAAUUUCACUGCAAAAUAAAUUAUUAUAUUCAUUCAAAACUAGUGUUAAUACAUUAAAUCAGAUUAAUAAUUGAUUAAUCUAGUUUAAUUAAAGAUAUACCUAAUUUUAAGCCCCGUAUAGACAUAACGUUCUAUCUGUCAGGUAAGACGGAUUAUAGACUAGUGUACACACUGGAAGUUUUAACUGUGCUUUGAUCUAUUAUAGCAUUGUGAAUAUAGUGAAAUUGUAAAAAAAACAUGGAAUUUUACUAUAAAGCUUCAUUCGGAACCUCGCAAUUAGUGG